UGAUGUGACUUCGCAAUUCCGUGCCUGAAAUUUUGUCAUGCUUGAAAUAAAUGUGAAGUCUACAGCUCUGUCGUUUUCAAAUAUUUCAUGAUGGACGAAAGUAGAAAAUUUAUUGUUUCAUACAAUGUUGAAAAUGGUGCGAGAAUGAAAGCAAUCGUAGAUAUUCCAAGUAGACACUCAUUGACAGAGCCUGAUUUGUGGGUGGUUAAACAUAUGUUUCUUCCAAAAACUUGCGUCAGAGAGUAAAAUUCAUUUACUGGGACUGGAUGUUGUGCCAGUUGAUCAAGUAGAAAUAUAUAUAUUCGAUGAAGAUUUCGACGACGAGUUUCUUAUGACAGAAACCUAUGUAAUUCCAGACAGGGCCAAAAAUUUAAUUCCAAAGUGGUGAUGUUGAAUUUAGUUGAAGCUGAAAAUGGGACGCAGUCAAUGUUGGAAAGCCAAUCCCAAUGUACUGAAUCGCAAGUAUGUCCAGAACAAAGUUUGCUAUUAGACCAACACAGAGAACAUCACAAUAUGACUGCGAAAGAUGAAGACCAAUUUCAAACCACACCUAAUCUUUUAGAAAGUCAGAAUAUAUAUUGUCCCACAAUGGAUUCUCAGCAAGUAUAUUCACAACCACUCUACGAUGACAGUCAGAGGUCUCCCAAUUCUAGUGUUCUGGAUAACAGUGAAAGCAUUCCAUUGCGAGGAGGGUUCGCUACAAGUACUCAGACCGACCCGGGUGUCUCUCAACAGUUUCACACUUUUCACUUCACAACGAAAUUGUGUACUACAGGUGUGCCAUUUGAAAAACAAAGCGAGCCCAGCACUUAUGAUUCAUCACCAUCAAGCUCAGGCAACCAAGAACGAAUCUGUGACUCAUCAUCAGGAGAAGAAAGCUGUGACCAAGAAAAGGCUGGUGAUAAAUCAGGGAUCACAACAUCAAGCGAAAAUGAUGAAGCUUCUGGCCAAAAAUCGAAAGACAAUCCAUUUCCUCCACUAACUAUCCCAAGUUAUGGCAUGGCACCAUGGCAAUUCAACGAAAUUUUGGUGCGGGCAAUCGAGACCGACACCCUUGCACAUCAUGAAAGUCGCUUUACGCGUGUGUGUGGAAGACACCUGUUAAUGUUGCGACCAGAAAAAAAGGACUUAAUCAGAGUACAACAUGUACAGCAAAAUGAUUGUGGAUAGAUUUCCACAUUUUCAACACGAGUGCUCCGAUAAUGGGAACUGGGUUGUUUUCAAGGAUAAGUUGACCAAAAUGAUUGGAAACUACCAGAAUGCUUUAGCUCAUGGAGACCAACA